AUGCCUCUUGCGACGCAAUCACCAUCGCGUCCCAACUCCUCCAUGGAGACUGCCCUCGGUUCAACGACAGCUUCCACCGUUCACCCGUGCCUGCUCUGCAACCACGAAUCACCGAAUAUGGAUUCAAACCUCGUGCACAUGCAGAUCAUGCACGCUUUCUCCAUUCCCCACCAGGACUGUUUGCUGGUCGACCUGAACAUACUAGUGCAGUACCUGCACCUCGUCGUCCACGAGUACAACGAGUGCCUGUACUGCCACACGCAGCGCGGCGACGUAGAGGCAGUGCAGCAGCACAUGAUGAGCACGGGGCACUUCAGAUUCGACAUAUCCGAGGGCAACUCCGAAUUUCGCGACUUCUACGACUUUAGGCCUGGCAAUAACACCGAUUCCCGAGGCGACACCGAGUCUGUAUCCGAGACCGAGACCGAUUCUGACGAUAGUGAGAGACAGACCCAGGUCUGGCAACCAAGACCACGCAGCUCGCCUUGUCGCGUCGAGCAGACGAGUCUGCGUCUGCCGUCGGGGAGGGUCGUAGGUCACCGAUCCACGCCCGCAUCACGCCCAACACGCCGGCGGAACCGGGCCCCUUCUCCCGAGACCGCAAGACCACCAGACAGCAGCAUCAGCGACGAACCCUCAUCAGAGCCAACCGUCGAUGAUCGGCCAACAUCCAAGGCGAUCACGAAGCAGCAGAAGCGCGACACCGUGUUCGCGGCCCAGCUCGCCAGCAUGCGCGCCAGCGACCGCAAGAGCAUCGCGCACCUGCCAGCCUCGGAGCAACGGACGCUGAUCGCGAUGCAGCAGCGGCAUAUCGAGAAGGGGAAGCGCGCUGAGAAUAGGUUCGCGGGCCAUAUGGACGGGUUGGGAAAUGUGCUGUCGAAGGAGCAGUUUGUGAAUGAUGUGCCCGGGGGCAAGUCUCAUAAGAAUAGGUUCAUGGCAGCGUAA